GUUAUGUUUUGUCAGCUGAUACCGCUCCUCCUUCCACUCCAGCUAACAGGCUGAAAAGCUAACAGACUCAGCGGCUGCCGAACUAGGACCAUGGAUGUGAACCGGUUCGUGGCGGGACAACGACGCUGAGUCACCAGGCCCGCGCCGGCCACCCCCUCUCCUGUCCCGCUACCAGUGUAGUUUGUUCUCCUGGUCCGCAGUCAGCCGGUUACCUGCCUGACUUUUGCCCUCCUCACCGGCUGUGACUCCUGCUAUCCUGUUAGCAUCAGAGCUAAUUAGUUUGUAUAAAGCAGCGGCGCGGACGGAGGCUAGCUAACCGGACCGGACCGCAGCGGGAUGUGCCAUGGCGUCGGUUCGGGUGGCUGUGCGGGUCAGGCCCAUGAACAGGCGGGAGAAGGACCUGACUGCCAAAUGCAUCAUCAGGAUGGAAGGAAGCAAGACCUCCAUCACCAACCUGAAGAUUCCUGAUGGCGUCACAGGAGAUUCGAUGAGGGAACGAACCAAAACCUUCAUGUAUGACUUCUCCUACGACUCGGCGGACUGCAAGAGCUCUACCUUCGUCUCACAGGAAAAGGUUUUCAGAGAUCUGGGCUCUGAUGUGCUGAAGGCAGCUUUCGAAGGCUACAACGCCUGCGUCUUCGCCUACGGUCAGACCGGUUCCGGGAAGUCCCACACCAUGAUGGGAACUCCGGGGGAUGCAGGUCUGAUUCCGAGGAUCUGCGAGGGUUUGUUCAGUCGCAUCUCUGAGGCCAUGAGACGGGACGAAGCUUCAUUUCGAACAGAAGUCAGCUACCUGGAGAUCUACAACGAGAGAGUGAGAGACCUGCUGAGGAGGAAGUCCACCCAGACCUACAACCUGAGAGUCCGGGAGCACCCAAAGGAUGGACCCUACGUAGAAGAUCUGUCCAAACACCUGGUCCAGAACUACAGCGACGUGGAGGAGCUGAUGGAGGCGGGGAACAUCAACCGCACCACCGCCAGCACCGGCAUGAAUGAUGUCAGCAGCCGCUCGCACGCCAUCUUCACCAUCAACUUCACGCAGGCCAAGUUUGACGCAGAGAUGCCGAGCGAGACGGUCAGUAAGAUCCACCUGGUGGACCUGGCGGGCAGCGAGCGCGCGGACGCCACCGGCGCCACAGGCGUCCGGCUGAAAGAGGGAGGAAACAUCAACAAGUCUCUGGUCACGCUGGGAAACGUCAUCUCUGCUCUGGCCGACAUGACGCAGGAUGGCGUGAACACCAACCUGAAGAAGAAGUCCGUGUUUGUUCCCUACAGAGACUCGGUGCUGACCUGGCUGCUGAAGGACAGCCUGGGCGGGAACUCCAAGACCAUCAUGAUUGCCACCAUCUCCCCCGCGGAUGUGAACUACGGCGAGACGCUCAGCACGCUGCGCUACGCCAACCGAGCCAAGAACAUCAUCAACAAACCGACCAUCAACGAGGACGGCAACGUGCGGCUGAUCCGAGAGCUGCGGGCCGAGAUCGCUCGGUUGAAAGCGCUGCUGGUUCAGGGCAACCAGAUCGCUCUGUUGGACUCGCCCACCGCUCUGAGUAUGGAGGAGAAGCUGCACCAGAACGAAGCCAGAGUUCUGGAGCUGACUAAGGAGUGGACCAACAAAUGGAACGAGACCCAGAACAUCCUGAAGGAGGAGACUCUGGCUCUGAGGAAGGAGGGCAUCGGUGUGGUGCUGGACUCGGAGCUUCCUCACCUCAUCGGCAUCGACGACGACCUCCUCAGCACCGGCAUCAUCCUGUACCACCUGAAGGAGGGACGGACGUUUGUGGGCCGAGAGGACGCGUCCACGGAGCAGGACAUCAUUCUUCAUGGUCUGGACCUGGAGAGCGAACACUGCAUGUUUGAGAACCAGAACGGGACGGUGACUCUGGUGCCGCUCGGCGGAGCUCAGUGUUCGGUUAACGGGGCUCAGGUGACCGAGCCAUCGCAGCUCAACCAAGGUGCUGUGAUUCUGCUCGGCAGGACCAACAUGUUUCGCUUCAACCAUCCGAAGGAGGCGGCCAGGCUGAGGGAGAAACGGAAGAGCGGCCUGCUCCCCACGCUCAGCCUGUCCAUGACGGAUCUGUCCAGGUCCUGUGAGAACCUGUCCACGGUGAUGCUCUACAACCCGGGUCUCUUCACUGAGAAGGGCCCCGUCUUCCUCAGGUUGGAGUUUGAGAGGCAGCAGCGAGAAGAGCUGGAGAAGCUGGAGAUGAAGAGGAGGCUGAUCAACGAGAUGGAGGCGAAGCAGCAGAGCGAAAAGGCAGAGCUGGAGCGCCUUCAGCAGGAGGUGGAGAGUCAGCGCAAGGAGUCAGAGGAGGUUCAGCAGCGUAUCCUCCGCCAGGAGGAGAGCCUCCGCCACCGCAGCCAGGACAUCGAGAGCCGCCUGCGAGACUUCUUGGCUGAGAAGGAGCGCUUUGAGGAGGAGAGGCGCUCCGAGGUCCAGGGGCUGGAUUUCCAACGCAGAAGGUGUCAGAAGCGGCAGCAGGAGGAGGAGCAGGAUGAGGAGAGGCGACAGCAGCAGGAGGCCGUGGAACAGAAUGAGAUCUACCGAGAGCUGGAGAAGCUGAAGAGGGAGCGCGAGGAGCAGACGGUUCGCCUAGAGACGGAGCGGCGGCGGCUGGAGGAGCAGGAGCGUGAGGAGCUGAGCCGGGUCGGGAGGCUGGAGGAGGAGCUGUGGGAGAGACGUGAGACGGCUGCAGCCCUGCUGGUCCGGGAGGAUGCCCGCCGCCUGGAGGAGGAGCGCCGAGCGCUAGCCGACAUCAGAGAGGCGCUCCUUCGAGCCAAAGAGGCCGCAGAGCGCACAGAUGUGGAGGAGGCUGGCAAGGAGGCGCGAUCAGUCCAGGGUCGGUACGCCGACUUCAAAGUGGCUCAGGUGAAGGAGCUGGGCCAGCAGGAGGAAGGGCUCCGACAGCAGCAGGAGCGGCUGAAGGAGGAGGUCAUGGAUGAGUAUAGCACGCUGAAGGGCCUCGCAAACCGGCCGAAGGGAGACGCCACGGAGGAGCAGCUAGUCAGACAGGCGGAGCACCGGCUGAGGUUUAAGGAGGGACUCCUCGCUGAGCUGGCCGGCAGCAUCUUCCCCACGCUGGCGGAGGAGAAGCUGAGAGCCGAGGAGGCGCUGGAGCGCGGCGACGGGAGCUGUGACAGUCCACCGGGUCUGGACAACACGCUGUACCAGGUGGAGAAGGAGCUGGAGGAGAAGCAGGAGAAGCUGAACCUCCUGCUGAGCAGUGCCCAGCAGCUGCAGCAGCUCCAGGAGACCUGCGAGUUCACGGCCAACGUGGCACGGCAGGAGGAGAAGGUGAGGAGGAAGGAGAAGGAGAUCCUGGAGAGCCAGGAGAAGCAGCAGAGGGAGGCCAUGGAGCAGGCGGUGGCUCGGCUGGAGAGGAGGCACUCUGCGCUGAGGAGCAGCGUCUCUCUGGAGACUGACUUAGAGGAGCAGGGAUACAAGACCUCCACGAGGACGGGAGCAGACCUGGACCAGCAGAGAGUCGAGCUUGAGAUCCAGAAGCUUCGGCAGAGGAUCAGCGUGGGAGAAGAAACCAGAACGCACGAGGAGAAGUCGGGUCACAGCGGCUCUCCGGUCAGCCACAUCCAGAGCCUGAACACGCUGCUGCCGCUGUCGGAGGACAGGAUCAAUGCGUACAUCGAAGAGGAGGUCCAGCGGCGGCUGAGGAAGAUGAAUCUUCUGAACGGCAGCAGCAACAUGGACCUGUCUCUGUCCUCGGAGUCUCUCAGAGAGGAGGACGAGGUUAGCGACUGUAGCUCUGUUAGAUUAACAGACGAGGAUGAUGAAAAGCUGCAAAAUAUAAAUCCAAGGAGACUUAAAUAUGAGAGAACCAGCUUCAGCUUCCUGCCCUCCCCAAGGCCUGGGACAAGCUGUCCUUCUAAUGUCCAGGAGAAUGCGUCGGCAGAACCAGAGCACGACCUUGUAAACCCUCACGGAGAACUAGAAUCCACAGCUGAAGCCAUGACUGAAAACCACAGCAACAAAUGGUGGCAAGGAAAAGCCAACAUUCCUGUUGAAAAACAGGUCCAAGCUCAGAGUGGACUUGACCGUUGUAGCGUUGGACAAGACAGGAUUCACAUGUCCUCAGCCAACAAUAAGACCAGCAGAUCGGAUGAUUGUGAGGAAAUUCCUAAGAGAAGAAGUAGUGACUCUGCUGGCUGUGUUCCUGAUGAUACCAAAGGCAAUUUGCUGUUGAAGAGACACUCUUACUCAUGCUUGAAGGGAAAGUUCCAGGACCAAGGGAAAGAUCCAGCCAGAGAAGAAGGAGCAGGUCUUUCAGAGUUUCAGAACUUGAGCAAUGAUUUGAUCAACUCCAACUGGGUGUCAGAGGCCGACAACGGCCAAAGUGAACAAGUAGGAGCAGAGAAGGUGUUUUCCAAAAUGAGAUAUGGUUGGCAAUACUUAGCAAAAGUCAAGAACCAAAUGCCCAAACCAGCAAGAGCAGAAGAGUCAGAACUUUCCAGGGAUCAGUCUCCUGACUUACAGAGCGGUAUUGAUCACCUCAGCUCCAAACAGGAUCCAGAAGCCAUCAAUGAUCCAAUAAGACACCAUAAAGAUCCAAAAGCAGAGACGGUGUCUGCUAGCAGAAGCUAUGCUUGGGAGUGCCUUACCAAAGUAAAGAACCAAACACUUUACUCAUGGAGGGCAGAGGAAUCUGAGCUUUCCAAAGAUCUGACAACACAGCCGCAGAUCUCUGGUAAUCAUCCCAGUCAGGGUUCAAACGAGGCCACCGUCGGUCAAACGAAACAAGAAACGGAAGCUGGGAAGGUGUUGGCCAGCAGGAACUACGCUUUGGGGUUCUUCACCGAAAAGCUUUCUGAAGUGUACAAAGAUGCUGAGAGACGACUUCAGGGCACAUGUGAUGUCAUCCGAAACGUUGGAGUAGGCGAAAUGAAGGUUGUCCUUUCUCAGUAUGUGACCAUGAUGUCCAAAGAGCUGCCGCUUGUUCAGCGAACACAAGUUCCGCCAGUUCCAGAACUUGGCAGCCUCUCAGAAAACAAAGUCCGCUUGGUGGAUCUGUCUGGGGAUUGCACCCUCGGUACCCCUCGGGACUGUGGCAUGCCUGUGACCCCGACCAUCUUUGGAUGGCCCGAGGGGUCUGUGUCCUCAGUCAGAGACACGAGUCCUGAGGUGUUUCAUCAGGGGCUGGUCAAGUUGCCACCAGCUUUGUCUCAGCUAAAGACACUUUCAUUCCAUCAAAUCAAGGAAAAACUGGAAUCUCUGUCUUCUCAAAAGAAAUUUGGAAAGCUUCUGAAUGCAUUCUGGCUGAACGCAGCCAACAGGAAGCAACCUGCUCCAAAACCUGCCUGCUUGCUUUUGUCAGAAAAAGAUAUGUCGGUGAUUUCAGCUUGCACUAAUUCUGAGGAUAAUUUGACCAUCUUUCAUCAUUUUGACCUCUUGGACAUCCAGGAAGUCCAGAUCAGUUUGGCAGGUCAACAUGUCCGUGUUAUCGGCUGCAGUGAAGACACAGUUUUAGCCGUCUUCACUCACAGCAAAGAGCUCACCCAGGAGUUCUGCAAGGCUUUACUGAAGGUCCGCUGUCCGGACAGGUUUUCCGAAGGUCACCCGUUGCUCUCCGAUGACCUCAUGGCCCUCUCCCUGGACUGGACAUCAAAUGUCCCUGACAUUGUCCUGGACUGCGGCUUUUACAUCACCUCCAGGUUCAAGCGGGUCCUCGCAGACCUGCUCUACAUCGUCCAUGGAAACAUGCACGGUCCUAGGAAACCAUCCCUGGCUAAUAUUUGUCCUCUGCUCUACACCAGCAUCAAGGUCAAGAACUCCACCCACUUCCUUCAGGACGCCAUCUUCCAGUGCCUUCUCACAGACACUCAUGUAGCUCUUCUCCAGGAGGACGGAGUUUUUCAUCCGGUCCCACGGGGGUCCAGUUUUGUCCCGACCCAGCCCCAGUUUCAGAGACUGAAACUUUGCAAGCGUUCAGACAUCAGAUGCCUGGUUGUGAGGAGGAAAGACAACUGCCUGACCGUAGACGUCAUCUUUAAAAGUCCAAAACAACAAACUCAGAGACAGAAGGUGGAGUUGAGGCGGGGUUCAGCGGAGGUGCCUUCCACCACUGCUGCAUCGGAUUUCUGGAAAUUAACGUUUGGUUCGUCCUCAGAGGCGCGACUCUUUAUAAAUCAUUUGUGUGUCUGAGGACGGACGUCUCUGCAGCCUGGUCACCUAGUCCACGCUUUGAUGUCCUGUAAUGGCCAUGAAGGAUUUUUAGAUCAUUUUUAAACUUUUCAUGUGUACAAUUUGGAUACUUUCUUAUAAAGACUGGGAUGUCAAAUGUAGCUCACCCAGCUAAUAAAUUUGUUAAAUUUAAAUAGUAAAUAAUUUGUGUUUUAUGAAGUUAUUUAGAGUCCAGAAUCUUGUUUAUAAAGGGAACAUUUUGAUUACAUUAAAUUUAGUCAGAGGUCAGCCAUGGAAAAUGGUUGCGGGUUUAACCAGAUUAAAGUUGUCAAGCUUUAUUUUUUACAUUGAGUACAUCUUAAAUAUGUCGACAAACAAUAAAAAAAUCAAACUUCA